CUAAAGGCUUUGAUCGGGUCAACAUGUCUGGCACGAAGCGGAAGCAGUACUUGGAGCCUGGAAAUGAAUUUGUGCUACCGAAAGCAACUGCCUGGCGCAAGCAAAUGAAGAAAAACUACGAUGGAACUGCGGAUGAAACCGAUGAACCCGACAGCUCACCUCUCUCCCAGGUACCUGGGACCCCUAACCAAGCACCACUGCUGGAACCCUCAUCUGCUUCCCAGGAACCUGGGACCUCUAACCAAGCCCCACUGCUAUCUCAGGAAACUGAGUACUCCAGCACCCAGCCAGAUGACCCGGUGGACAACACAACGGAUUCCUCCUUGUCUGAAUCUUCAGAAGACGACUUCGAUUCAGAAGAGUCAAGUGAAGACGACACAUUCCAUGACGCCUCCGAUGAGGAGCCUGUCUGUGGAAUGGAAGGAAGUGUGCCAUCCAAUGAUGAACGUGUUUGUAGUGGGGGGGUGACUAAAGCGGAAGCCCUCAUUUUGAUUAUUUUGUUUGUAAUCCGCAGCGGGCUUUCAAUGACUGGGUUGAAGGACGCCUUGUUUCUGGUAAACACCUUGUUUGGAAGGCCGGUUGUGCCUAGCUCCCUCUAUAUGUUUGAGAAGUCUCUAAACUUCUGUAAGAAUUUCGAUCUCGUUUAUUAUUGUUUAUCUUGUUCUGUUGAAUUGACCUCCACUGUUCAGAAGGACAUACAGAAGUGCCGGAUUUGUAAAAAGUUGUUUGACCUUCUUAACUACAAGGUUUAA